AUGGCUGAAUCCCACCCAGUUGGAGCCCCGCUCCAGGGACAAGACACGCAACUAGAAUCCGACUCUGAAAAUGAAGAACAAAUACAGGAUCAGCAACCAGAUACCGCUGAAGGCUCCGCCACCUCCAAGCCUAAGAAAAAAAAGAAGAAGUCCAAGAAGUCCAAAUUGGUAAAUGCUCUUACAGGCAAGCAGGAGGACACCUCUUCUGAACCCGCGGAGGCCUCUACAUCCAAAUCUGCCCCGAAGUUGGACGAUGCUACUAUCAAGACCCUGCUCGACGUCAAUCCUGCGCUGAAAGGAGAAUUGGCUGGCCUGCCACCCGAGAAAGCACAGGAGGUUUUGAAGAAGUUGAAUGUGUCAGACCUACUGACUGGGCUUACCAUCAACGGAAAGAACCAAAAAGAUAUGGCUUCGUACAAAUUCUGGUCAACCCAGCCUGUAUUGCGCUUUGACGAGAGGCCGGAUGACGAGAAGCCGGAUGGUCCAAUCAAACCAGUCAUUCCAGAACUGGUCCCCAAGGACGCGGCGCCGUUACCGGAAGGAUACGAAUGGGUGGAGCUUGACCUAAACAAUGAAACUGAAGUCAAAGAAGUCUACAACCUUCUUUCUUUGCACUAUGUCGAGGACGAUCAUGCUAUGUUCCGUUUUAAUUACUCGGCCGUUUUUUUGGACUGGGCUCUGAAGUCCCCCGAGUACAAGAAGAGUUGGCAUAUUGGUGUGCGAGCCAAAGGGGCUAACCGAGUCCUUGUGGCCAGUAUUUUUGGAAUACCAAUCAAAUUGAGGAUACGUGAGAAUAUCUUAGAUGUUGUUGAAAUCAAUUUCAUGUGUGUCCACAAGAAGUUGAGAUCGAAGCGAUUGGCACCCGUUCUCAUCAAGGAAGUCACCAGGAGAUGUCAUUUGGUUGGAGUCUACCAAGCUAUCUAUACUGGUGGUGCGAUUCUACCCACCCCAGUAGGAAGUGCCCGAUAUUUCCACAGAAGCCUUGAUUGGUUGAAAUUAUAUGAGGUUGGCUUUUCUCCCUUACCACCCAACAGCACACAGGCGAAGAUGAUUGUCCGAAAUCAGUUGCCGACUACCACGAGCACGGAAGGACUCAGAUUAAUGCAGGAGAAGGACAUCGACGGGGUGCAUGACCUUCUCACACGCUACCUCAACCGAUUCGACCUGGUCCAAGAAUUCACCAAAGAAGAGAUCAAACACUGGUUUUACAACUCGCAGAAACCCGAGGACCAAGUUGUCUGGUCGUUUGUGGCUGAAGGAGAAAACGGAAAAAUCACCGAUUUUGGCAGCUUUUACUGUCUGGAGAGCAGCGUCAUUGGAGACAUGAGCAAAAAGCACCCAAACAUUCGUGCUGCUUACCUCUAUUACUAUGCCACCGAGCACGCUUUCAACCCCAAGGAGAAAGGCUUAAAGGAGAGGCUUCUAGUGCUGAUUAAUGAUUUGCUCAUUGAAGCGAAGAAGGCCAAAUUCGAUGUCUUCAAUGCCUUGACCUUGCACGACAACCCUCUGUUCCUUGAGCAAUUGAAGUUCGGUGCCGGAGACGGCUCACUUCAUCACUACUUGUACAACUGGCGAACGAAGCCUAUCAAUGCUGGAGUCGACAGUAAAAACCGACCAGACGAGUCCAAGAGAGGUGGCAUUGGCAUUGUUUUGUUGUAA